AUGUCUGGUGUAGCGCCAUUUUACCUUCUGAGUCGAUCAGAUGAACAAUACAGACAAGUCAAAGACCGCUUCAACCGCAAAUGGUCACGCUCCGACGGCCCUCCACCACGUAUAGAAAACAUAUUCCACGUCGACGAAGCAGAGUUCCGUGCCAGUCAUCGUGGUCAAAGAUGGAACUCGUAUAGACUUAGACGACACGGCUCUUGGAGCUUCGGUUUCCAUGGAACAACGCGCUUAUGUCAUGUUGGGUGCGAAUUGGGAGAAAGGAAUAGACGGCUGUUAGUCUGUCAGAACGAUGCGUGUGGUAUUUAUGGGAUAAUCAACCAUUCGUUCAAAGUCAGCCGGUCAGCUCGUGGAUUGUUUGGAAAGGGGAUUUAUACGACGCAAUCUUCAUACAAAGCAGACAUGUUUUCUCAAACUCGCGCCACUGGGUGUGGUCUCAAAGCGAUGUUGCUGUGUAAAUAUGUCCCUGGACGUGUUCAGCGCCUUCGUAUUGGGAACCCGUUCCGAACUAGGCCUUGCAGAGGAUACGACAGUGUCGAAGCCGUUUUGAUGAAAGACGGGGGAAUGACAAAUCAUCACGAGGCGGUUGUGUAUCGAGAUGAUGCAAUUGUUCCUGUUGGCGUCAUCACGUAUAUGAAGUAA